GCUGACCUCCCUGUCAGCUUCUCAUUUAGCCUUGAGCUGGUGAUUAUAAGCUGGGUCCCAGGGCCCCAGGGCCAGAGUCACAUGCUGCAGUACGGGCAGGGACAGAGGCAGCUGUAGGGGCAGCAUGCUGGCCAGGGGGCUUCCCCUCCGCUCAGCCCUGGUCAAAGCCUGCCCACCCCUCCUGAACACGGGCAGGGAGGGCUGGGGCCACCACAGGGUGGGCACUGGAGAGGGAGCUGGCAUCUCCACGAGGACCCCUCGCCCCUACAGUGAGAUCCCCUCCCCUGGUGACAACGGCUGGAUUAACCUGUACCAUUUCUGGAGGAAGAAGAGCUCACAGAGAAUCCACUUUCGCCACAUCGAGAACUUCCAGAAGUAUGGCCCCAUUUACAGGGAGAAGCUCGGCAAUUUGGAGUCAGUUUAUAUCAUUCACCCUGAAGACGUGGCCCAUCUCUUUAAGUUCGAGGGAUCCUACCCACAGAGAUAUGACAUCCCGCCCUGGCUGGCCUAUCACCAGUAUUAUCAGAAACCCAUCGGAGUCCUGUUUAAGGCCCGAGGGCCCAUGUUUUUCCAGGAAGUCAGGAGCCUGGAAGAAAGACCGGGUGGUCCUGAACACGGAGGUGAUGGCUCCAGAGGCAAUAAAGAACUUCAUCCCACUGCUGAAUCCAGUGUCUCAGGACUUCGUCAGCCUCCUGCGCAAGCGCAUCCAGCAGCAGGGCUCCGGAAAGUUUGCAGGGGACAUCAAGGAAGACCUGUUUCACUUUGCCUUUGAGUCCAUCACCAAUGUCAUGUUUGGGGAGCGCCUGGGGAUGCUGGAGGACACAGUGAACACCGAGGCCCAGAAGUUCAUUGAUGCCGUCUACAAGAUGUUCCAUACCAGUGUCCCUCUGCUCAACCUCCCUCCAGAACUGUACCGUCUGUUCAGAACCAAGACUUGGAGGGACCAUGUAGCCGCAUGGGACACAAUUUUCAACAAAGCUGAAAAAUACACUGAGAUCUUCUACCAGGAUCUGAGACAGAAAACAGAAUUUAGGAAUUACCCAGGCAUCCUCUACCACCUCCUGAAAAGUGAGAAGAUGCUCUUGGAGGAUGUCAAGGCCAAUAUUACGGAGAUGCUGGCUGGGGGUGUGGACACGACAUCCAUGACGUUGCAGUGGCACUUGUACGAGAUGGCACGCAGCCUGAAUGUGCAGGAGAUGCUGCGGGAGGAGGUUCUGAAUGCCCGACGCCAGGCAGAGGGCGACAUAAGCAAGAUGCUGCAAAUGGUCCCACUUCUCAAAGCUAGCAUCAAGGAGACGCUGAGACUCCACCCUAUCUCCGUGACCCUGCAGAGAUACCCUGAAAGUGACUUGGUUCUUCAAGAUUACCUGAUUCCUGCCAAGACACUGGUGCAAGUGGCCAUCUAUGCCAUGGGCCGAGACCCUGCCUUCUUCUCCAAUCCGGACAAGUUUGACCCAACCAGGUGGCUGGGUAAAGACAAGGACCUCAUCCACUUCCGGAACCUGGGCUUCGGCUGGGGAGUGCGGCAGUGCGUGGGCCGGCGGAUCGCCGAGCUGGAGAUGACCCUCUUCCUCAUCCACAUUCUGGAGAACUUCAAGAUUGAAAUGCAGCAGAUCGGUGAUGUGAACACCAUCUUCAACCUCAUCCUGACUCCGGACAAGCCCAUCUUCCUUGUCUUCCGGCCCUUCAACCAGGACCCGCCCCAGGCGUGACCGGAGAGGGCGGGCACUCCCCUUUCCACCAAUCCAGCUAGCCAGGGUGUGGGAGGACGGCCCGAGGGGGUGGGGCCGUGGAGGUACCCGCACCUCCAUUGCUCACUCAGUCCACACCCCUUGCACCUUUCUGGCAAGCUGUGACCAGAUGGAGCUGGCACUCAGGGGUCAGCUGCUUCCGCUCAGCUGAGGCACCCCUGUCUCACCCUACCUCUUCCCCCUCUUCACCCACCCUAUGAAGGCAAUAAACGGGUGAACGCUGCAAA